AUGCAAAGCCUGGGGUAUAACCUGUUUCUGUUAAAAAGAGCUUCUCCUCUAGAGAAGUCGCAGUUCUCUACACUCUUUCGGAGCGUGCUAAUUCCCCAUCUAACCACAAACGAUAAUUCCAUCUCCACUAGCGUCUAUCUAAGAUUCCAACCAGCAAACCCAAAUACGUUGUCAAUACAUACAAUCGAUCAGAUCAAUCGUUCUCACCAAAUCUCACCAAAUCUCACCAAAUCUCACCAAAUAGGCCGUAUCUUCCAACAGAUAUACGGUUAUGGUGAAUGGAAGCUAGUCCGCCCGCUAACUUUGGGGUUCUUCAGCUUGGUUGCCGACAACUUCACCACUGAGAUUAGGCGCGGCACCGUUACGUAUGACAAUGUUGCUGCGUUCCAUUUUGCCAUUGAGGUUGGCGCCGAUGAGAAGAUGGUGCGGGAGGUAUUCGAGUGGAGCAAGUUGAAGAAGGGUAAUGACGACGUUAAGGGGCGCGGAUUCAAACUCGUGCGACUCGGCCCAGGCUCUACGGAUCCUAACCAUGGAAUCGGUUCUUCCUUAUCUCCGCCGGGCGGUGAGAGAGGCCGAAGGUUGAAGGGCAGCGGGGAGCCAAAUGCACUGGGGCAGCGCUGGGCUCUCAUGGUUGUUAUGACUUCGCUGAAGUUAUGGUGGUUGAAUGUGGGUGGCAGUGCGAAUACGACUGUGAUAGGCAAGGGGGAAGAGAUUCAUUACAACCGAUCCGUUCCCACACACUACAUUGCAAAUCGUCAUGAUUUCUGCUGGUACGCUAUCAGUUCCCCAGAUAAACGAAGCCGGUUUCCCCUUCCAGGUCGUUUAUCAAAAGCCAAGAGACCAACGUUGAAGCCCAGUCUCAAAACUCAAGGACCCGCAAUGCUUUAUAUCGUGGGGCCAUCGUUCAUUGUUGAGGGAUUGAGAGAUGGGUACUCGCUCAUCAAUAAUAUUGGAAACAAAGUACAUCCUAUUGGCGGGGUAUGGGGUGAGGCAACAGUUGUACCCAAAAGCAUUGAGGCUUCGUGAGAGGAUUACAAGCCAAUAAAUAGCCGGGGAAAGCAAAGUAUUCCCUGGCCUCCACGAUGCCAUGCUCAUGAAUCUAUGAGUCUGAGAGGAAUGGCCGGGCACUCGGACAUAUAUACGCUGUGAUGAAAAAGAUGCGUGGGAAGCACACAAGCGAGAGAUCGUGUUAGAGCACUGAGUUGGCUCGCCAUUUCAUAAGGGUAAGAUGAAAGAAGAAGCGCCCAAAGCUGCCACGAAACUUGAAACAUAUUUUAGCCAAUCAUCCAAAAAAUCUUGUCAUAUGGUUUAGAAGGGUAUCGGAAAUAAAAGGGUCGUGGGAUGUGGCUAUUCCUCGGCUUCAAGCUUGUAAAUGAGAGGAGACGGGUUUUUAUCCUUUUUGUCUCGUGGAAUAUAUUUGCAGGUAAAGGAAGUAAAAAAACUCUGGAGUAGCAUCAUUAUAAAGACGUGACCAUUUUCUAUUGGA